AAGACAGAAGCUGGUGAGUCCUGAGACGGAAAUGGCUGAGAGAGCUGCUCUUCUGGAAUUCCUGAACUGUCACGUUUGUUCAGAGACUUUCAAUGAUCCUGUAACUCUGAGCUGCAACCACAACUUCUGUUCAAGCUGUCUGCAGAAGUUCUGGGAACAAACUCAGAACAAAAACUGUCCCAUCUGUAAAAGAAAAUCAUUUGAAGAGUUUCCUGCUGUGAACUUCAGUCUGAAGGAACUUGCUGACUCGUUUGCUGGAAGACAGAAAUCUGAAUCAUCAGAGACAAAAACAGGAGAGCAGAAGAUCAUGGAGGUCUGCAGGAAACAUUCAGGAGAAACCAAUCUGUUCUGUACAGACGAGUGGAAAAUAUUUUGUGCUGUUUGUGAGUUUUCUCUGCACCAGAGUCACAAAGUAGUUCCUGUAGAAGAAGCAGUCAGAGAGCUGAAGGAGGAGCUGAAAUCUGACUUAAAGUCUCUGCAGGACAAGAAGAUGAAAUACAAAGAAGUGGAGGAAACAUACAAUCAGAUGAUUCAACACUCCAAGAACCAGCUGCUGUCCACAGAGACACAGAUCAGAGCAGAGUUCAACAAGCUCCACCAGUUCCUGAAGGAGGAAGAGGAGUCCAGACUGGCAGCUCUGAGGGAGGAAGAGGAGCAGAAGAGGGAGACUGUGAGCAGAGAGAUGAAGAGGAUCCAGGAGCAGAUGUCCUCUCUGUCAGAAAGUAUCAGUGCUGUUGAAGCAGAGCUGCAGAAAGACAAGGAGGCGUUCCUCAGCAGUUCUAAAGACACUCAGAGCAGAGCCAGGGCCCAGUGCUCGCUGUCAGACCCACAGCUGCUCUCAGGAGCUCUGAUAGAUGUGGCCAAACAUGUGGGCAACCUGUCCUUCAGAGUCUGGGAGAAGAUGAAGGAGAAGGUCCACUUCAGUCCUGUCCUCCUGGACCCAAACACUGCACAUGGAUGUCUUUAUCUGUCUGAUGAUCUGACCAGUGUGAGACAAGGAGAAACUUCUCAGCAGCUCCCUGACAAUCCAGAGAGAAACAUGAAAUAUGCUUCUGUUUUUGGUUCUGAGGGUUUCAGAUCAGGGAAACACAGCUGGGAGGUGGAGGUGGGAGAACUUCCUAUCUGGAACAUUGGUGUGGCUAAAGAGUCUGUUAACAGGAAGGGAGAGUUACUUGCUUCACCAGAGGAUGGAAUUUGGUGUUUAUUCCAUCGUAAUGGAAAAUACAUAAACUGUGAUGGUCAGACUGUCACUGUGACCAAGAGUCUCCAGAAGAUCAGAGUCCAGCUGGACUAUGACAGGGGGAAGGUGUCCUUCUACAACCCUGAAGACAUGACUCACAUCUACACUCACAAAGACACUUUCACUGAGAAACUUUUACCAUAUUUCAAUGUUGGAGAAUCUGGAGAUGCAAAAACCUCUAAACUUCAAAUCUGUCCGACUGAUUGAGAUGAUUUGACUCUUUUGUCAUAAAAAAAAUAACUGAGAUCUUUUUCUUUCAAUACAAUGAUUAGUACACAAGGUUUUAACAGCUUCUUUACAUUUUUAAGUUUUCUUUUUCUCAAGUCAGAAAUAUUUUGCUUCAUGUUGGUAAAUCCAGAUUUCUGUUCUUCAUUGUGAACAACUCUGUCCUCAUCAUUACAAUUCCACUACUGUGUUUCACAGAUAGAAAUUCAAAUAUUAACAGGUCAGAACAACUUUCUUGGUUAAAAUCGUUUAAUCUGUAUUCUUUGUUUAAGUACAGUUUCCACUUUUUGUAAAUAAUUAAAUAAAUACUGAUCAAAACAAUGUAAUCUACAACUGUCGUUUCUGAGUCUGUUUUAAUUUGUACUCUUUAUUCAGCAGCUUUUCUCUUUAGUCCUGUUUGUGUCUCAAAUAUGUCACUCACACACUUUUCCUUUUACAGCUGAGCUUUCACUCCUUUAACUUAGUGAAGUUCAAAUGUCUUGUAAUUUUCUCUUAUAAUCUAAAAUCCUCUGCCAUCCUUCAGCUUUUGUUGUUCUUGUGAUCAACCUGCUGUGUUUGUUUGAACAUCAUCCUCUUAAUGGAAACACUUCACUGUUUGAGAAAAUCAUCACUUAAAUUGUGUAAGAAACUAUGAAAUGUAUUCAGUGAGUGCAGCAAUAUUACAGUAGUUCAGUUUAUUAAAGAAAUCAGAUUAAAGAUGAAAAAUAUUUUUCCUGACGUAUUAAUUUUUUUUAAUACAUACAAUAAACACAAUCAGGAAAUUCUUCUUUUAAUUUGAAAAGAUAGAUGAGCUUUUGCUGCUGUCCAUGCUGUUGCUGAGAUCUUGUAGAAUUUUUGAAAACCAAAAUCACAAACAUUUGUUCCUUAAAUUCUCUGAUUUUUUUGUCUUCUGGAUAAAAAUGAAGCCACAGUGAUCCAGAAAAUGUGACUUUGAUGUUUUGUAAAUAAAAUCUCAUUAAAGGCUGAUUGAAUCUGUUU